GGACCGUUCAUAGAACUCAAAAGCUAAAAAGGCCAGAGUGCGGAAUGCGUGAGGGGUCACCGCGUUUCACUACUUCAACUCUCCUCUUCUCUCUCCCGACUUUGCCAACUGAAAUCUAGCACUUCAAUUUCAUCACGCUUCAUAGUUGGACUCGGAGUUUUUCGUGUGUUAAUGACGAUUGAGCUUUCAACAAUUUCAGUUACUGUUUUUGUAGACCCAACAUAAGAAGGUAACUGAAGUUUUUGAAAAUGGAAGUGCGUCCCACUUUGUCUAUGGGAACAUCUGGUGCUAGACAAAUUAGCCACCAUGGAUUUUCUGGAACAAUUUCAUCCUCCUUACCGGUUAUUUCAUCUAAUCUAGAAGAGAGAUAUCUCAAGUUUCCAGAAUCACGACAACUUUCCAUGGAGAUGGAUCUGAUUCCAGAUUCACUGAGUGUCAAUUCAUUUUUACCCACCGAAAAUGGCAUUGUGGGUCCCAUUUUCUCGUCUACAUGUAGCCUUCCUUCCUCUGAACCAGUCAAGAGGAAUUCGACUAAAGACCCAUUUACAUCUCCAACUGUAUCAUCAGUUUCUUUGUCUCAUCAAUCGGGUGGGCUCCAACCAACAGGUUCACAUAGCGAUGAUUGCUGGCGUACGGAUGCUCAAGUAAAUAUAUUUUACUCUCCCGUAGAAGUUCCAUUUAGGAAUAGCCAAAUUGGAAGUGGACGUGAAGGUGGUGAUUGUGAAAUUGGUUCAGCCAAUCAAAGCGAGCAGAAUAAUUGGCAAGAAUUAGCAGAUCAUCUGUUGAAUGAUGAUGAUGAUGAUAAUGCCCUGACAUCUAAUUGGGAAGAAUUUUUAGUUGAUGACAAUGUUGGAGAACCAAAGGUUCAGUUGCACCAACAGAACCCUUCAUCUUCAACAAUGGUUGGCCGCCCUUCGAAACCACGCAUUCGAUGGACUCCAGAGCUUCACGAGGCCUUUGUGGAUGCAGUAAACAAGCUUGGAGGCAGUGAAAAAGCUACACCAAAGGGAGUGUUGAAGAUAAUGCAAGUUGAGGGUUUGACAAUAUAUCAUGUCAAGAGUCACUUACAGAAGUACAGGACAGCCAGAUAUAAACCAGAAUCAAUAGAAGGAUCCUCAGAGAAGAAGCCGACUUCCAUGGAAGUCUCUCUAGAAUUGAAAACGGGUAUUGAACUUACUGAAGCAUUACGAUUACAAGUGGAAGUCCAAAAACGCUUGCACGAGCAAUUAGAGAUCCAGAGAAAUUUACAACUGCGAAUUGAAGAACAAGGCCGUCACCUUCAGAUGAUGUUUGAGAAACAAUGCAAGCAAGGUGACAUGUUUAAAGUUCCGUCCUCUUCUCUUGAAGAUUCUUUUACACAAAAAGAAACUGCUGUCCAAGAUGAAUCUGGAAUGUCACGAUUGAGAAAAGGAGAGACUGAAAAUGCAGAAAUCAUUUUGUCAGGACCUCCACCCAGGAAAUUGGGGGAGAAGCAAAAGGCUCAAGAAAUUGAAGCUCUGGAGAAUCCUAGUUCGACAAAUGGUCAGAAGCAUGCAAAAUUGGCAGAGUAGAAUAUUAUAUAUAGAACAUCGGGCGGGCAGGCAAUACAACAAGUUGGGUAAUUUUGAAUAAUUUGGUAUCAAUAGUUUUCUCUCUUUUUAUGUUGGAUGGUUCAUUUCGCCGAGUAAUCAAUAUUUUAUAUACAACAUCGGGAAGGCAAGACAACUAGUUGGGUAAUCUUGAGAAAUUCGGUAUCAAUAUUUUUCUUUCUUUUUAUGUUGGUUGGUUCAUUUCGCCGA